AUUGCAUUUUAGGGCUUAACGCGGGCGGAACCGGCGACAGCAGCAGUUUGGGAUUAACUGAAUCAAUCGAAGCGGUUCGCGUUUCUUUGCACCCAGUUGAGCUGUCAUUCUGUGGAAGAAAAAGGGCUUCCCUGGGGGGUCUUUGUGUGUGGGUCCCCCCCGCCCGUUUUUGUUUUUUUAAUUCUUGUUGGCGGCAUCUUAGACGCUUUAUAAGAUAAGUUUGUGCGCGCUUGGGAAACCAAAGCUUGGAAAGUCGGAAGAAAAGAGGGAGAAGAGGAGAUCGGAGGAGAAGAAAGAGGUAUCUUGACCAAGGACCGGUGGCUUUUCUUGGACCAUGUCCCGUCGAAGCCAGCGCCUUGGUGGGACCGUUCAUUAUUACCAAAGUGAAGACGAUGGCAACAGCAGCAGUAGCGGACAGAGUUCUCUGCUGGGCGGACAGCAGCCCUUGUUUAAAGACGGUUCCAAUAGCCGGAGCCUGAGAAGGAAAUCCAGUAGUGUGAAGCGCCCCUCUCCAGCCCCUAGCCUGGGGACCGGUCCCACCACCCACACCACAUCCUACUUCAGUGAGUCUGUGGUCAGGGAAUCCUACCUGGACGAUGGCAGGGGACUUUCUGCUCAAAGCAGCACUACCUUGGAUGAUCCGCUGGAAAGCAAUUCUUAUUGGAGUGAGGAGCUCUCAAUGAGAAGAAGAAGAGGCACUGGAGGAGGCACAGAGCCCAGUAAAAAAAUUAAUGGGCUGGCAGAAAGGAAGAUGUACGACACCUAUGCGUCUUCGUCUGGCUACUCCUCAGAAGAUGACUACAUAGGUCACACUUCCUUGGACCAGAACGCUUCUGGUUCUGGGUUCAGGAAUGCCCUCUCCAAAAUGGGCUCUCUUCUGUGGCUGGUGCUUACGUCGCCAGGCCGGUUCUUUGGAUUGUUAUACUGGUGGAUCGGGACCACGUGGUACCGUCUCACCACUGCAGCCUCUCUCUUGGAUGUCUUCGUCUUAACACGGAGCUACCCAGUCCUGAAGAAGCUGCUGCUGUGGCUGCUCCUGCUGCUCCUCCUGGCUGCUCUUGGUUACGGUGCCUGGUAUUUUUACCCCUUUGGACUCCAUCCUUCUAUGUUUUCUUGGGGAUCUGCAAAGUUGUCUCCUCCUGUAUCCAAAAAGCAACACGAAGCAGGAGACUUCGCUGGUUUCUCUGAAGCCCAGCAGCAGGUUUUGUCUCGGCUACAGGCACUGGAGAGACGCUUUGAGACCCUGGAAGCUGCGGCUUUGGUGCUGCAGCACCAGAGGGGGAAGGCCACAGAGGGAGCAGCUCCAUCGCAUGACGAUACCCUGGCGCUGCUGGACGGGCUGGUGAGGCGCCGAGAGACGGCCAUGAGAGAAGAGUUCCGUGCAGAGACAGACCUCCACCUCCAGAGUGAGUUGGAUAUCUUCCGAUCCCAACUGCAGAAGGAUUUGGAGCAUCUCCUGAAGAAAGUCUCCCAAGCUUCUGAGGAGACGGAGGCCCGGAUGCUCCAAAUGACUGCACAAUGGCAAAGUUCUACACAAGAAGGUCUAAUGGGUAAUUUGCGAAAGGAGGUGGAUACCCUAGAGGCGCAGCUGAUGGGGCUGAAGAAGGAUUUUGUGAUCUUGGCCUCUGAUCAGAAGGCAUUGUCAAAACACGUGGAGACUCUUCCUGGAGAGAUCAAGGGAAUGCGAGAAGAUGUGGAAAUCCAGUUUCCCGUAUGGCUUAGCCGAUACCUGUCCCAGGCUAGAGAGGACGGAACAGGCAGCCUGUUUCUCCAGCAUGAGGAAUUCCAGGAGGAGCUCCACAGGCUGGAGCGUAAGAUCCUCACCAAGAUCUCAGAGGACCAACGUUUGUCUGCACGGGAUGUUGGGGUAGCACUCCAAAGGGAAGGAGUCAUAGGAGUAACGGAAGAGCAAGUGCACCGCAUCGUGGAUCAGGCCCUGAAGCGCUACAGCGAGGAUCGUAUCGGAAUGGUUGAUUAUGCACUUGAAUCUGGAGGAGCCAGUGUUAUCAGCACCCGGUGCUCAGAAACCUAUGAGACCAAGACUGCGCUACUUAGUCUCUUUGGCAUCCCUUUGUGGUACCACUCUCAGUCUCCACGAGUCAUUCUCCAGCCAGAUGUCCACCCUGGGAACUGCUGGGCAUUCCAGGGCUCUCAGGGCUUUGCUGUCAUCCGCCUUUCGAGCAACAUCCGCCCCACGGCUGUGACGCUAGAACACAUCUCCCGAUCCCUCUCGCCCAAAGGAACGAUCCCCAGCGCCCCCAAGGACUUCGCUGUCUUUGGUUUAGAUGAAGAAGCCCAGCAAGAGGGCAUCCUCCUGGGGCAAUUCACGUACAACCAGGAUGGGGAUCCCAUCCAGACAUUCCACUUCCAGGAUGAAGAUAAGAGAGCAGCUUUUCAACUGGUCGAGCUGCGAGUUCUCAGCAAUUGGGGCCACCCGGAGUACACCUGCAUCUAUCGCUUCCGUGUCCACGGGGAGCCGGUCCCUUAACCCCGCCGAGCACCACGGUCUUGCUCGCUGGCUACCUCAAGUUCUGUGCCUCGGACUGACGCAGGCAAACAGAAAAGCCGUGCCAGAAAGGAGAGCGGGUCAGGAUGGGGGUUGCUUCUUAUUUUGCCCCUAAAUGAGGUGUGAGGGGACUACGCUGACGCCCUCCCCAGGUGUGUCUCUCCUGAUAAAAAUACCUUCCAGUGUGCCGAGGGAGAAAGAGGGCUCUCCUUGAUUUGGUAUUUUAUAUUCAGCUGCUUUUUUUAAAAAAAAAAAAGUUGAUGUUUUAAAAAAGAAAAGCCUAUGCAGUUCAUAUCUUUCCCUUCCCACCCACCCCAAACAAAACCUUUUAGGGUGUCAUGACAAUCCCUCGUAGUCCUAGUGGUGUUUACGUCUUCAUCAUAUCAUAUUUGGGGGGGGGGGCUGGGGGGUUUAAUGUAUUUAUAUCAUCUGCCUCAGCUGAGGAGACUUAGUGCCGUUGCUUUUUCCCCUCCUGAGUUGGCAGGAUUUUGAUUGUUUUUAUCAUCCAACCAUGUAAAGCAACUUGAUGUCUACUGCAGUAGGAGCCCAUGAUGCUGCACAGUAGGAAACGGGCAUUUAUUUCAAGUGUUUAAAAACUGGAGGCUGCAGUCCUGAAGGAUGGGGAGGAAAGAGUCUUGUUUUCUGAAGGAAAACAGUGGAAAAGUAAGCUGGAGCACUGGAAACCGCUCACGGCCUGUCAGGAUGGCUUACCACUGAAACUCCUUCCCAUUCUGCAAGGCUUAGGCCUAGAGCGACAGGAUGAUUGAGUGCUCUCAGGACCUCACGCCAGCAUGGAAGUGCGUACGCCAAAUCCCAGAUACAUGGGGGCUGAUUGUUCAUGCUGAGUGGUGAAGGGAAAAGCAUCCCAUGUGUGCUUAGAGGCACCCAUCUUUGUCUCCCAUAUUCCACAGCUGAGCCUUGAUAAUAAAAUAUCCGGCCCAAAGAGAAAACCUUGAUGAGCCCACCUCACAUUAAACUCUGCCUUUAUUCUGCUUGAAGAGGAAACAGGCCUGUCUUGCUCUCAUGCUGCAUGCUUUUACUCAUGAGCUGCUGCAAUAUAGGUUGUGCAGUAGUGCAAAUGGCUUCAUAUGCGCAAAAAGGGUGAGAUGCUUAUUUUAGCUUAUAUACAUACAUACACACACACACACACUCAUAAGGCAAUAGGGUAGCAAAGGCCUAAGGUUAGUACCCCCUCCUUGAUUCCUCUUCCCUACCCUAAUCCUCCAUAGGCCAAAUGAGGAAUCGCUGCAGGCCAGAUUAGGGUCUCUGGCCAGAGGUUCCCUGCCCCUUGCCACAAUGUGCAUGUAGCCACCUUGUAAAACGGUCACGUGCAUUGGCUUGCUAAGGGGCUGAAGGUACCACCCUUCUACAGCUGAUCUGCACAGGUAGCAGCAUGAGGAGGUAGAAUACUGAGAUGGUGCACUGGACUCAGUACAAGAGAAGGGCUCCCAGUUUUGAAUGCAUCCUUGCAUUAAUUACAUUUGGUUAAAGCCUCCCUGUGAGUAGAAAACCAACACAGCAAGGAGCAGGCUAAGUAGAACCCCUCUCCCUGAGGUGCUAGUUUUCAACUUGUAGGGAAUUAAAAAAUGAGAUCCCCACCUUCUCUCUGAAGUGGUAUAGCCUACCUGACUUCCUCAUUCUGCUGCACAUGUAGAAUAGUCCACUCUAGGAAUCUAGAAAAAUCUGUGGUAAAGUUCUCAGUACUACUUGGUAAGACAAUAGACCUAUCAGGCGUUUACUUUUACACCUUGGUAAGUUACCUCUUGGUAACUAGGUCAUCUCUGUUUGCCCUCAGUAAAAGUUCUACUUGGAAGGAACAGCCUUCUUGCUAGGGAUACCUCAUAAAAUAGUGCCUUCAUCUAAAAGGCUUCUACCAAACUAAGGGGGAAGACAGAUGGGCAUAGUUUGAGAUCCAUGUAGAACCCUGCACGCAUACAGCCUUCCAAGCUGAAUUGAACUCGGGAGCAAUCGGUUCUUCCUCUUUUCAAGGGAAGCCGGCUGUGCCAGGUGUUGAUGGGCUGACUGUUGUGUCAAUCAAGGGGAAACCUCCCUUCACCUCUCCAGCCAGCCGUGCAGAGUGCUGAUUGCAACAACAUCCAACCAGUCAGGAAGCCACUCUCUUCCCCAUUUGGCCAGAGCAAUAUUUUCACUAUAUUAAAUAAUAAUAAAAAAAAACUGGGGAAAGGGCGGUGGGUUUUUUUAAGCCUGAAGCCAAAACCCUCCCAAAGGCAGGGGAGGGGGGAGAGCAGACAGGGAGUGUUGGGGAAGGAGACGCCACACUGGAGUCAGAGCUGUAUAGAGGAGCGAGGAGGUUGGAGAAGCAGAGUUUGUGCCCCAGAAAACCCCACCCUCGGUCCAGCUGUCUUCUUUGCUCUAUGUACAGAGGCAGGCAGGCAGACUGCUGCUGUGUUUAGCCUGAGCAUUUCUUCUGCUUUUUGUUUUUUGGAUGUAAACAACUCUUUCUUAGCUGUGGCUGCAGGCCUGGUAGCCUCUGCAUACAGUUGAGGAAGCCAUGACAGGAUAAAAGCUGUUAUUGGUUCCAUGUACCUAUCAAGAGUGUCGGGCAAACUUUAAUGCAACUAGAAUGCAACUAAUAGAAAGCAACAGUAUCAUGUUGGCCUCACCCACAUCAGUAUUAAAAAUAAAUAAAAAAAAGUUAAAAGGUUAAUGAAUGUGACUCAAAUGACCUAGCGUGUACUUAGCUAGUGGAGAAACUGUGUAAUGUAAUUCCUGUCAUCUAGAGCAGCUUAGCAAAAACACGUAGAUGUAAAUAAAUAUAAGCUCUGUUAGUAUUACUAGGCCCUGUGAGUUAGCUAUAACGUAGAGCAGAUGCACCCAGGAGAAAACUCCUGUAGCUGGUGUUUCGGGGGGAGUGCAAGGGCACACUAAAGCAGCAGCACUGCUUGUUCUGUCCUUAUUUGCACCACCCAUGGUUGCAGGCUUUAAAAGGGUGGCAGUCUAGAACCUACCAAUUGACCACCCAUCCACUCAACACUAAGGUAGCUGGUAAUGGUUCCUGUAGCUCUUUGUCAAGCUUACAGUAAUGAUCUACAUUAUUGGAGGAGGCAUCUCAUAUCAGGCAUCAAUAAUAUGUGCUUUGGCCUACAGCGAACACCUUGUGGAGUGUUUUUGAUGACUACAUGCAGCUUGACAAUAAACAUCAGUUCCAGCAUUCCCUUCCUCUAUGAUACAAGUACGGCAGUAACAUGGGAGAAGGCAACUCUUGCAUCUGAUCCUACAGAUAUUGGCCUGGUUUGCACAUAACGUGAACACAUGGUCUAUUUAACCCAUAGCUUGUUGCUCUACCCAGGAUUUAUCUGGCCAACUAUCGAGCAAACUCUCAUUUGUUCUCUCAAUCCCUGGUUAUUCGUUUCCCUCCUUUUUUGCCCACUCCCUCCCUGUAUCCCAUUUGCUUCUAUGGUGUCAUAGGACUGGCAUCUAGAGCAGCUGUGUAUUUUUCAACUGCUUUUGUCUGCUGCCUCAGCAGCCUGGUGCAACAAUCCAUGGUUUAAACAACCCAAGAGUUUACAACCCAACAAAAAAAUGAGUUCUCUUUUUGUAUUUAUUGUCCAUGGUUAAAAAGCCUUGGUCACUACAACCCACAAUUCAACAGUCCAUACCAUGGGUUAGUGUUAUGUGUUAACCAGGACAUUACAUAAUCUGACAUGUAAAAAUCGCACCAUUCCUGAAGGAGGGUGUGUCAGGCUUGCACAUAACAAAAAUACAUCAGCUUCAUUUUUUUUCCUACUCCACCUUUUUACUUUCAUCAGAAAGACAGAAGGAAUAAAUCAGAGAUGCCUCAAAAAUUUCAGCCGUGAGCCGUUCUAGAUAAAAUAAAAGCCUCUUUCAGUCUGCAACUUUUAGUACCCUGUUUCCCCGAAAGUAAGACAUCCCCCAAAAAUAAGACCUACUUCCAGUUUUGACUCUCGCUGUAAUAUAAGGCAUCCCCCCAAAAACAAGACCUUUUUUUUUGUUCAACAAUAAAUGUGUACCGUAUUCUUCUUCAUGGAAAAAUAAGACAUCCCCUGAAAAUAAGACCUAGCGCAUCUUUGGGAGCAAAAAUUAAUAUAAGACACUGUCUUAUUUUCGGGGAAACGCUAGAGAGCAGGUUGUGCUUCUGCAAAGAAUUUGCUCCAUGUUUUUUAGAUCAGCUAAUGGUAUGGUACUGGGAGAUUUGUGUGUGUGUGUGUUUUUUUAAAAAAAAUACAUCCAUGGAUAUGUCUUUUUGUAGCUAUGUAUUUGAACCAGAGCUUAGCUCUUAUCUUUGUACUCCUCAAUAGAUGGGGACGUGUUAAGCACUGAUAUUAUUUUUUUAACAUGUUUGCUUGUCUUUUACCAUUUAUAAAAGAGAGGUUGAUGGUUGGCUGUACUUGGGAGAAAACUGAGAGAAGCCUGUAAGAGUGUGUAUGCAAGACCACAGUUUUACCAUGCCAGCUUAAUCAAUCUGGCAAAAUUACCUUGCCUUGACUCCAUACAAUAUUGUAUGUAAAUCACUGAUCCAUUACUUACAUUAAAAAGGUGGUGUGUUUCACUAUCAUGAAUGAAUGUAAAAACUUGAUCAAUAAUCAAGAGUGACCAAAUCAACAUUCAGUGGUCUUGGGUGUGAAGUUGGAGGAAUGUGAUGUUUUUCUAGCUCUAGUGUCCCUGCCUAUUGCUGUGUCAGCAUCCAGACACGCUUAAACUGAGCAAAACUGGCAACGGAUACAUCCUUUUUGCUCCGUGGUACUCAUAUGAGUGUCAUUCUCAUGUCAGCUCCCUGAACACAGCCACAGCACUCACAGGCAGGUGCAACUGGUUUUGACAUGACCAUGAACAUACAUCUGGGGCUGCCUUGGCCAUGCUGUCUGUGAAUUCUAGGAGUUGCAGCCACACACAUCUGGAGGGCACUAGAUCACCGAAGGCGAUUCUAGGGUUUAGUUGUCGACUAGGAAGCACCAUGGCACCUCCUACUUUCAAAAUAACAAUGCACAGUUAACAUCUGGAAUGCACUUAUAGGGCCCAUUCAGAAGACACCUUAAACCAUGGCUUUAACCAUGGUGAAUAAGGCUUUUUGCUUUGUUCACCAUGGUUAAAGCCAUGGUUUAAGGUGUCUCCUGAACACAGCCCAGCUUUCUGGCUUAACCACCAUGUUUAAAGCCAUGGUUUAAGGUGUCUCCUGAACCCCGGCUUUCUAGCUUAACCACCAUGUUUAAAGCCAUGGUUUAAGGUGUCUUCUGAACGGGGCCAUAGAAGGUAGUAGCAAGUACGAAGCACCAUCCAAAGCAUGACUUCUCUUCCCCCUGCCCCCACCCCCUUCGUUCCUUUGGGCCUGUCCUCUUAUACUGUUUAAAGUGCCAUGUACACUGAUGGCACUAUAUUAAUAAACAACAGUAGUAAUAAUAAUGCUUCUAUGAAAACAGCUACCUACAAUGCAGUGGGGGGGACACACACAAUUUAUAUCUAAGACUGUAGCCUGUUGCAAAUGCUGCACUGUUUUGUUCAUUAUUUUAUAUCUACGGAUUGUAAUUUAUGCCUAUGCAAAAGAAACCCGAGACAAUAAAUGAUUUUUUGUAAAAGAAA